AUGUUCCCCAAAGUACUCGCCGCUUUCCUGGUUGCGACCACCACCAUGGUCGCUACCUCCAGCGGGGCUGCCAUCCCUGGACCUCCCGCACCGGUCGCUCGCGAACGGAUUCCCCCCGAGUGCGAAUUUACGUUGAUUCCCUCCGCUCCUGUGCCGGAGGACGCCGAUCUAGAGGCCGAGUUCAGCUUCCAGCUGAGAACCCGCUUUGCCCAAGAGUUCCCGGAUAUCCCUUUCACCAACCCGCCUGAUAGGAGCUUCCACGAUGGCCCGGAUGGCAAUGGUUUUUACUCCGUCAACAGAGCCUGGGCUAUCGAAGGCGUCUCGGACGAGGACAUUGUCGAUGCGAUUUCGGGCUGGUCGGUAGAAACCUUCCCUCCCGCCACCAUCCCUUCUGUCAGCUGGAAAGUCGACUCAAUCUUGUGCUUCAUUUUCUAA